GAAAUGGCGUCAGUCGCGGUCCAUGGCUGGGCUCUGUGCACCGCGUCUCUGCUCAACUUUGCGUUUGUUUUCAUAUCUGGUGCAGACUUCAUUCAGUUCGUGUCAUUUCGAGCCAUUUACCACAACAUCACCGGAGAGACGACGCUGUGCCAAGACUCCAUGUCGUGGUCGGAGGCCCUGCAGGACGGCUCAGUCCUCAGGUCUCUUGUGGUGGAUCUGGGACUCCUGGUUCUGUUCACCACACAGCACAGUCUGAUGGCCUGGUCUCCGGUCAAACAGACCCUCCAGUCAGUGUUCGGGUCCCUGAACAGGACGGCGUACUGCUUCUCUACUGCGCUGGCACUUCAGAUUUUGAUGCGAUACUGGCAGCCUGUGACCAGCGCCCCGUGUCUGUGGUCGGUUCGUCAUGCACCCUGGAGCAUCUGGUUCCCUCUGCUCUGCUUCACGCUGCACUUCCUCUGUUGGGCGAUCAUCUGCAGCAUCCUCAUGAUUUUUGAUUACCCAGAACUGCUGGGCAUCAAACAGGUGUAUUACGAGUGUCUCAGUUUAGGUGACCCCCUGUCUCACAAGUCACCUGGUGGCCAGCGACUUCUGUCUCACCUCCGCCACCCAGUGUGCCUGGAGAUGGGCGUCGUGCUGUGGCUUCUGCCGGCCUUAUCCCUGGACAGGCUGCUGCUGGCGGGGACGCUGUCGGCCUACCUGGUCCUGGCACACUCUCUGGACAAGCAGGACUUAUCCUACCUCUGUGUGCAGGUUAACAGCAAGAUGCAACUCUUUGCAGAGCCACACCAGGACGACGGCAACCACAAGGAGCAGUGAGGUCGGGGUCACUGUUAUUUAAAUCUGUCUCGUCAUUUGCCAGAAAUAUUGUGUCAAAACUGACUUGAGGGGGAGUCUUCGUAAUCCUCUGAGAGGCUGAUCUAUGCUGUUUGUGUCAUUUUGAAUGUAGUUUUAGAAAGAGGAGAGUUUUAUUACAAUACUUUAAAUCACAAACACCUCCUCGUACAAAUAGAGAGCUAUUACUGUUUCCAAAAGGUGUCUCUUGUUGCUGCAACACUACGUUAACUGCUUCAAAUUUGAAUUAAUUUAAGAGGUAAAAUUAGUACAAUAUAGAUUCAAAACAAGUUUGCAAUGAAACCCUCCAAAUGAUCCUUUCUCGACUCCACUGAGUUGUUUUUGUUUAUGAUACAGCGUAUCUUUAUGGACUGUUAGUUUCUCUAUUGCAACACAAUAUUUCCCUGAACGCUAAUUUAAAUUUAAUCGUCACACUGAGAGUUCACACUGGCAAAAGCAAAUGGAUAACAAAGUCUCUUUGUAUUUCUGAAGCUAUGAAUGUAUUUUUCUGCAGUUUUUCCUCAUUUGUGUUGUGAAUGCAUCAAUAGUAACUAAUUGUAUUUAACUUGUAUUUAACUUGGGCAACUUGAACAACUGGGUUGGUAUUUCAUGUCUGAUUUAUCUUUCUUAAUAUUUCGAGUAAUUCAUGUUAGUUUACUAUCAGGGCAACCACUGUUUUCCAAAACAUGCAGUUAAUUCUUAACUUAAAGUACUGUAAUUUUUGAUUUCACAAGUAUUGUACACUAAAAGUAGUUUCCCAAUGUCUGCACAAUGACUUUCAGUUUUUUUAAGGCCAUGCGUAAUUCAUGUAAAAUGCUGACAUUUUUGUUUGUUGAUGGUUUUUUUUUUGUAUUUUUAAAGCCAAGUCACAGCAGAAGCAGAUUCACGACAUUUUAAUAUUGCUAUGUUUGUUUUUCAAAUAUUAGUUGGCAAGGCAAAAGCUGAAAUGUCACAGGUAAAUACUGUAAACAUGAUAUUAAUGGAAGCCAUUGAACUUGAUUUGUUAAUUAUAAACGAGACUUGUAUAAACACAGCUCCAGUCACACUGUAAAAGCAUUGCUAUUUGUAAAAAUACACAUUUCUGAUCUGGA